AUGGAAUUAUCUGUUUUGUGUGAUGUCAAGGCUUACAUUGUGAUAUUAAGCCCUGACAGACAGAUCGAAACGUGGCCUGAGAAUCACAGCGACGUAAGGGAAGUGAUAGACUUGAACAAAAAUGACUAUCUAAAUAAUAAGAAGCGAAAUCAACAACAUGAUGAUGAUGGUUGUAAGAAGAAGUGGGUUUUGGGAGGUGAUAAAUGGGCCCUUGAAGAUUUCCUAAAAAAGGUUAAGACCAAAAUAGAUCGAGUCAAGAAACGGAUUCAGGUGGUCAAGUCCAAAGAUCAAGAAACAAAUUCAGGGUAUUCCUUUGUUAAAUAUGUUACUUUAGAAGAAGCUAUUGAACUCGGUUAUUCGUUCUCCUAUCUAGCAUCUGAGGUUGGCAACCCGUUGAGUGGCGGCAUUCUCCGAAUGCCUGACCUCCAAAAAGUUCACAAAAUCUGGGCUCACACUAGUGUACGUUGA